AUGAACAAGAUGAAACGUGCCACGUUGCCCCAACUCGUACUGAGGUGUCGACGCCGGCGCAAGGCAGUGACCUGGGGCGUGGCGGAGGUUUGCGAGUACGAGCCGCGGCGCCCCGACCGGGCGCGUCGCCACGUGCGCAAGCUGACCUUCACCAGGUCUCCGCGGCACAAGCAGCUGCAGGUGUGA